GGAUUGGAGGGCACUUUACCACUUUUAUAUGUUGCACGCAUCCAUAUAGCAGGAAAUAGAACGGAGACAGUACUAAAAAACCAGUAGGAGAAAAGAAAAAAGGAGAGGAAAACCUACCAAAGUUAAACCACAGUACCAAGGGGAGAUAAGGAUGGUUGUUCCAAAAUGAGUUUUUUUAUUUUUUCUUCAUGCACAACAAAAAUUAGAGAGAGCUAGAACGCCCAAGAAAGAAGAAGCUAGGGUGUGUGCUAAAUGGUUUUUCCCCCCCUGACUUCUGCAUGCAUAUAACCAAUUAUCUGGCCCAAAUAUUUUAUUUUAGUUUUCCCAAAUUUUCCAACUUCAACCUCUCUUUUUUUGAUAUUGAAACAUUUUGCCUUUGUAAGGAAAACCUUUGAGUUGUGGGUGGUUCUUGAUUUUGGAAACUGGAGAGUUUCGGUUUCUUGGGAUUCUGGGUCUUUACGUUCUUGUUGUUGAUUUUCUUGGAUGAAGGCCAUGCCCCUACCCUUUGAGGAUUUUCAAGGGACGGGGGUGUUAGAUUUCUCUUCUUCUUCUUCUCCAGAUUCUCUCUCUCAACUACCACCACAAAAUCAACCGCACCAGCAACAGAAGUGGCAAAACAGCAACACCAAAGAAAAUUGCUGCUAUGUGGGCAGUGAGCCCACAUCUGUGCUUGACGCUAGAAGAAGCCCGAGCCCUCCAACAUCCUCUUCAACACUGUCUUCUUCACAAGGCGGCAGUAACGGCGGUGGCGGUGCCUCCACCGAAAACACCACCAGCGCGGCAGCGGCGGUUUCCGGCUAUCCCUCUGUAGAUACAACAACGGAAAAAUGUGGGCAGCUUGGAAUGGAGGACUGGGAGGGGAUAUUGCCUGGGUCUCCUAGUCAAGAACAAUCUAUUUUGAGGCUAAUUAUGGGUGAUGUUGAGGACCCAACUUUGGGAUUGAACAAGCUCUUGCAAAGUGGAACUGCGUCGCAAGAUAUGGAGUUCAAUGAAGGUUUUGGGGUAGUGGAUCAGGGUUUCGGCUUUGAGCCCAUGAAUAGUAGCAGCUUGGUGAACAGCAUUGACCCUUCUGUUCAUGUAACUUCUUCCGAGUUCCCUCUUCUCAGCCACAAUGCUAAGAUUGGUUCGGUAUUGAGCCAAAACCCGAGCCUGGUAAAUCCUACUUCAGCUGGCAACCUAUUGCUGGGUAUGUUUCAACAUCAACAGCUGCCGCCGAUUGAAGCUACAGAGGAGAAGCCGCAGAUUUUCAAUCCACAGGUGAUAACCGACCAAAAUCCAGCUCAGUUUGGCCAGAAUCCAGCUAUGUUCUUGCCGUUGUCAUAUGCCCAGUUGCAGGAGCUUCAUCUCUUAUCGCCGCCGCCAACAAAGCGGCUUAGUUCAGGGCCCAUUGGAGCCAACUAUGAGGUGCCAAAGGUUCCGUUUUCCGAUUCAAAGCCAGACUUUUUUCUCCAACGACAGCAACAGCAGCAACAUCAGCUUCAAAUGCUCCAACAGCAGAGACCAGCAAUGAUGAAGCAAAAAAUUAUGACGGAUGAAUUGGCGGCCCAACAGCUUCAGCAGGCGAUAUUAAACCCAAUAUGCCAGGCAGCAGAGCUGAUCGAAACCGGCAAUCCGGUUCUCGCGCAAGGGAUAUUGGCGCGGCUCAAUCACCAGCUCUCUCUUUCGAUCGGCAAGCCUCAUAUGAGGGCUGCUUUUUACUUCAAGGAGGCCUUGCAGUUACUUCUUCACAUGAACAACACUACCAACCCAUCCAGUGUGUCCACCUGUAGUCUUAUUUCCAAGAUUGGUGCUUACAAGUCUUUCUCUGAGAUCUCGCCGAUUCUUCAGUUUGCCAAUUUUACUUGUAAUCAAGCUCUCCUUGAGGCCUGCGAAGGCUUUGAUAGAAUUCAUGUUAUUGAUUUUGAUAUUGGUUUUGGUGGGCAAUGGGCUUCUCUGAUGCAAGAGUUGGCUAUGAGGGACGGGGGUGUCCCUUCUCUUAAAAUCACUGCCUUUGCUUCUCCUUCCUCACAUGAUGAGGUCGAACUCAGUUUUACUGAAGAAAAUUUAAGAAUUUUCGCUAGUGAAAUCAACAUGCCAUUCGAGGUUGAAAUUUUAGGCCUUGAAUCUUUAACUUCUGGUUCUUGGUCAUUGCCUCGUCGUGUAUCAGAGACAGAAGUAAUUGCUGUGAAUCUUCCGAUUGGGCCCUUUUCAAAUUACCCGUCAUCUCUUCCAGUGGCUCUUCGCUUUGUGAAGCAGCUCUCACCUAAAGUUGUGGUCUCUUCGGACAAGGGCUGCGACCGAACUGACCUGCCUUUCGCCCACCAUGUAAAUCAUUCUAUUCAAUCUUAUUCCAGCCUGCUUGAAUCUUUGGAAGCUGUGAAUAUGAACCUUGAUGCGCUGCAAAAGAUUGAGAGAUUCUUGGUUCAACCCGGUAUUGAAAACAUUGUAUUGGGUCGUCAUCGCCACCCUGAUAGGACUCCUCCUUGGAGGAGUCUGUUUCUGCAGUCUGGGUUCACUCCAUUCCAAUUCAGUAACUUUGCUGAAUCACAAGCUGAGUGUUUGGUGCAGCGAACUCCUGUUAGGGGAUUUCAUGUUGAAAGGAGGCAGUCUUCACUGGUUCUCUGUUGGCAGCGAAAGGAGCUCAUCUCAGCUUCAGCUUGGACGUGUUGAGGAAUUAGAAAUAGCAUUUCAGACAUUGGUUCUACUUCUACCAAUUAGUCAUUAUUGCUGAGUUUCCUCAUAACUUACUGGUUAAUUUCUGAUCUUAAUGAAUUUUUAUUGUCUGCGGUUCUCUUAUGCUAAUUUUCUAUGUGUCCCUAGGCUUAUUGUUUCCAUUCAAGAAACCAAAGUAGUAACUGGAUUGUUGUGUACAGUUCUUGUUCUCUGUCACUUCAGAUAUUGUUUGUAACUGUUGUGGUGCAAUUCCUGUUUAAGGUGGUGAUGGUCUCUUUGUGCCCUUGUCAAAACAGGAUGUGGAAAUCAGAAUUAACCUUUCAAAAUUAAGUCUCUUUUGCCUAUUGGCUACAUAA